GGGAACUCCUCUGAGGUAACUCCUCUGAGGUCUGUUCCUGGAGCGCCGACAUGGAGUGCGUCCAGAGCCUCUACCGUGAGUGGUGCGAAAGUCAGCCACACUGGUUUGAAAUCGGACCCCUGGACUUGCUGGAGCGCAAAGGCUCCCUGACCCUGCGCUCCCACCACAAGAAAUACUCCAAGCCCGUGUUGGUGUACUCCUGGCACCGGGACAGAGAAGCUUUUCCCAAAGAUUAUGAUAUAGAGAGUUCCACGGAAGUGAAAAAGCUGUGUAAUUCAACAUAUUGGCGACUUGGAACUGAUGAGCCCCCGAUUUGGAUAUCAGAAACACAUGAACAGAUGUCGCAAGUUUGUUUAAACACAGAAUUGGCUGAAAUAAAGAGUAAAGCCUUAUUAAAUGAGGAAACAUUAUGCUCUGGGAUUAUUGGAAGGGACACCGGGUCGCCUGCCACAGGCUUUGGAGCUGUCUUUACUAGACACCCACCAGACUGGGGAAAAAUGUACACAUUGACCACAUAUGCGGAAGAAUACGCUCCACCAUAUGACUAUCCGUCACGUGGUUACCGCUGUCAAGAUGAUUAUUCAGUAGUCCACAGAAAAUGUCGUUCUCAGUUCACAGAUCUAAAUGGUUCCAAAAGAUUUGGUAUCAACACCUGGCAUGACGAGAGUGGGAUUUAUGCUAAUUCAUAUAUAAAACGAAAACUCUACCCAUUCACUGGGGGCCCUAUUGUUCCCUUUUUAAAAUAAGAUGUGAAAUCAGUUUCUCUGACUAAUGAAAGAAUAAUAGAUAUAACAGUUGGUGAUUUGUCUAUAUCAGUAAAUGCACUGGAAAUGUUACUA